AUGAAGAACGAAAACGUGCAAGUUCGCUGGUACUGGUACGGUGGCCACGAGGUGCGACCUGAAACCAAAGAUCGGCAUUUGGGUGUUUACUUUCUCUGGCCACUUGCCAUCCAGCUCGAGCGCGAAGACAUUUACGUUUGCCGAGCGGGUGAAAGCCUCUUGAAACGGUCGUCCAGCACCGAUUCGGAAACGGUUAUGGGAUGGUACUGUCUACUCCAAAGCCGUGUACCGCCCAAUCCGAACGGUGCAACGGUCAACGCAACAACCGCUAGCCACGGCGCCGACGGUGCUAUCGGCAAUAUCGAUGGCAGCAGCCAGCAACACUGUGAAAUUUUCACUGAAGCAGUACUAUGCCCAGCGUUAGACAAUCCUGCCCAGGCUCUACAUCUGCCUCAUCCAACUGAAUGCGGAAAAUUCUUCACCUGCGUGUGGGGUCAAACUGUAUUACAGAAUUGCCCUGCUGGACUGCAUUGGAACAAUGAGCUGCAAACCUGCGACUGGCCGAGCGCUGCAGGUUGUAUUGGUGGCAUCGAUUCGCAUUGCUUAACAGGAGACAAGACGCCGCACGACGAUUGUGACAAGUUUUAUGUAUGUGUUAAUGGAAAUGAAGUAGUACAUAGAUGUCCACCCGGAUUACACUUUAAUUCAAAGCUGAAUGUGUGUGAUUACCCCGGGAGUGCUAAAUGUGAGGUGAAACCUAGUACUAUUACCGAAUCACCUGGGACAGAAAAUGCAAGCACCGAAAUAUUGUCGACUACAGGUACUGCACCAACAACCAUAGAAGCAAUCACAGAGCAAACCAAAACAACGGUUACGGAAACGAUCACAUGGGUUGAUUCAACCACGGAAGAAUUGAUAAGUACAGAAGAACCUACAGCACACCAUAGUGUAACAUCUGAAGCAAGCACGGAAACAGAAUCAAGUACUGAAGAUAAUUCUACUGAGCUUCCUGAACUAGGCACAACAACUACUGGUAUACCCUCUACUGAACAAAGUGAAACGACGACUGUGGAGGAUACAACAUCGGAAGUUCAGACAACGUCGGAAGCAAGCACCGAAACAGAAUCAAGUACGGAAGGCACAUCUGCUGAUGAGAUUACAACAAUAGAUACAACAACUAAUAAUGCACCCUCCACUGAACAAAGUGAAACGACGACUGUAUGGGAACCAACAACAACGGAAGAUCAGACAACAUCGGCAGUAAGCACCGAAACAGAAUCAACUACGGAAGGCACAUCUUCUGCUUGGAUUACAGAAAUAAGUUCAACGACUGCAGGUACACCCUCUACCGAACAAAGUGAAACGACGACUGUGUGGGAAUCAACAUCAACGGAAUUUCAGACAACAUCGGCAGUGAGCACCGAAACAGAAACAACUACGGAAGGCACAACUUCUGCUUCGAUUACAGAAAUAAGUUCAACGACUGCAGGUACACCCUCUACCGAACAAAGUGAAACGACGACCGUAUGGGAAUCAACAACAACGGAAGAUCAGACAACAUCGGCAGUAAGCACCGAAACAGAAACAACUACGGAAGGCACAUCUUCUGCUUGGGUUACAGAAAUAACUUCAACGACUGCAGGUACACCCUCUACCGAACAAAGUGAAACGACGACUGUAUGGGAACCAACAACAACGGAAGAUCAGACAACAUCGGCAGUGAGCACCGAAACAGAAUCAUCUACGGAAGGCACAUCUUCUGCUUGGGUUACAGAAAUAAGUUCAACGACUGCAGGUACAUCAUCUACCGAACAAAGUGAAACGACGACUGUAUUGGAAUCAACAACAACAGAAGUUCAGACAACAUCGGCAGUGAGCACCGAAACAGAAUCAACUACGGAAGGCACAUCUUCUGCUUGGAUUACAGAAAUAAGUUCAACGACUGCAGGUACAUCAUCUACCGAACAAAGUGAAACGACGACUGUAUUGGAAUCAACAACAACAGAAGUUCAGACAACAUCGGCAGUGAGCACCGAAACAGAAUCAACUACGGAAGGCACAUCUUCUGCUUGGAUUACAGAAAUAAGUUCAACGACUGCAGGUACACCCUCUACCGAACAAAGUGAAACGACGACUGUAUGGGAACCAACAACAACGGAAGAUCAGACAACUUCGGCAGUGAGCACCGAAACAGAAUCAUCUACGGAAGGCACAUCUUCUGCUUGGGUUACAGAAAAAAGUUCAACGACUGCAGGUACAUCAUCUACCGAACAAAGUGAAACGACGACUAUAUUGGAAUCAACAACAACAGAAGUUCAGACAACAUCGGCAGUAAGCACCGAAACAGAAACAACUACGGAAGGCACAACUUCUGCUUCGAUUACAGAAAUAAGUUCAACGACUCUAGGUACACCCUCUACCGAACAAAGUGAAACGACGACUGUAUGGGAACCAACAACAACGGAAGAUCAGACAACAUCGGCAGUGAGCACCGAAACAGAAACAUCUACGGAAGGCACAACUUCUGUUUCGAUUACAGAAAUAAGUUCAACGACUGCAGGUACACCCUCUACCGAACAAAGUGAAACGACGACUGUAUGGGAAUCAACAACAACGGAAGAGCAGAUAACAUCGACAGUAAGCACUGAAACAGAAACAUCUACGGAAGGCACAACUUCUGCUUCGAUUACAGAAAUAAGUUCAACGACUGCAGGUACACCCUCUACCGAACAAAGUGAAACGACGACCGUAUGGGAAUCAACAACAACGGAAGAUCAGACAACAUCGGCAGUAAGCACCGAAACAGAAACAACAACGGAAGGCACAUCUUCUGCUUGGGUUACAGAAAUAACUUCAACGACUGCAGGUACACCCUCUACCGAACAAAGUGAAACGACGACUGUAUGGGAACCAACAACAACGGAAGAUCAGACAACAUCGGCAGUGAGCACCGAAACAGAAUCAUCUACGGAAGGCACAUCUUCUGCUUGGGUUACAGAAAUAAGUUCAACGACUGCAGGUACAUCAUCUACCGAACAAAGUGAAACGACGACUGUAUUGGAAUCAACAACAACAGAAGUUCAGACAACAUCGGCAGUGAGCACCGAAACAGAAUCAACUACGGAAGGCACAUCUUCUGCUUGGAUUACAGAAAUAAGUUCAACGACUGCAGGUACACCCUCUACCGAACAAAGUGAAACGACGACUGUAUGGGAACCAACAACAACGGAAGAUCAGACAACUUCGGCAGUGAGCACCGAAACAGAAUCAUCUACGGAAGGCACAUCUUCUGCUUGGGUUACAGAAAAAAGUUCAACGACUGCAGGUACAUCAUCUACCGAACAAAGUGAAACGACGACUAUAUUGGAAUCAACAACAACAGAAGUUCAGACAACAUCGGCAGUAAGCACCGAAACAGAAACAACUACGGAAGGCACAACUUCUGCUUCGAUUACAGAAAUAAGUUCAACGACUCUAGGUACACCCUCUACCGAACAAAGUGAAACGACGACUGUAUGGGAACCAACAACAACGGAAGAUCAGACAACAUCGGCAGUGAGCACCGAAACAGAAACAUCUACGGAAGGCACAACUUCUGUUUCGAUUACAGAAAUAAGUUCAACGACUGCAGGUACACCCUCUACCGAACAAAGUGAAACGACGACUGUAUGGGAAUCAACAACAACGGAAGAGCAGAUAACAUCGACAGUAAGCACUGAAACAGAAACAUCUACGGAAGGCACAACUUCUGCUUCGAUUACAGAAAUAAGUUCAACGACUGCAGGUACACCCUCUACCGAACAAAGUGAAACGACGACCGUAUGGGAAUCAACAACAACGGAAGAUCAGACAACAUCGGCAGUAAGCACCGAAACAGAAACAACUACGGAAGGCACAUCUUCUGCUUGGGUUACAGAAAUAACUUCAACGACUGCAGGUACACCCUCUACCGAACAAAGUGAAACGACGACUGUAUGGGAACCAACAACAACGGAAGAUCAGACAACAUCGGCAGUGAGCACCGAAACAGAAUCAUCUACGGAAGGCACAUCUUCUGCUUGGGUUACAGAAAUAAGUUCAACGACUGCAGGUACAUCAUCUACCGAACAAAGUGAAACGACGACUGUAUUGGAAUCAACAACAACAGAAGUUCAGACAACAUCGGCAGUAAGCAUCGAAACAGAAACAUCUACGGAAGGCACAUCUUCUGCUUGGAUUACAGAAAUGUAA